AUCAGCUUCACCUACAACAAUGAUCACAUCAGCUCCACCUACAACAAUGAUCACAUCAGCUCCACCUACAACAAUGCCCACAUCAGCCCCACCCACAACUAUGGAAACAUCAGUCCCGCCAACAACAAUGAUCACAUCAGCUCCACCUACAACAAUGCCCACAUCAGCCCCACCCACAACUAUGGAAACAUCAGCCCCACCCACAACUAUGGAAACAUCAGUCCCACCCACAACUAUGGAAACAUCAGUCCCGCCUACAACAAUGAUCACAUCAGCUUCACCUACAACAAUAAUCACAUCAGUCCCACCUACAACGAUGAUCACAUCAGCCCCACCUACAACUAUGGAAACAUCAGUCCCUCCUACAACUAUUGAAACAUCGGUCCCAUCUACAACUAUGGAAACAACAGUCCCACCUACAACAAUGAUCAAAUCAACUCUACCUAACACUAUGGAAACAUCAGCUCCACCUUCAACCAGGAUUACAUCAGCUCCACCUACAACAAUGGUCACAUCAGCUCCACCUACAACCAAGGAAACGUCAGUCCCACCUACAACAAUUAAAACAUUAGCUUCGCCAACUACAACGGAAACAUUAGUCUCACCCACAACUAUGGAAACCUCAGUUUCAACUAGUACUAGGGUUACAUCAGUUCCACCAAAAAUUUCAGUGCCACCUACAACUAUGAUCACAUCAACCUUGCCUACAACUAUGAAAACGUCAGUCCCACCUACAACUUUGGAAACAUCAGUCCCACCUCUGGCAAUGAACACAUCAGCUUCACCAAAUACAACGAAAACAACAGCGGUCCCAACAACAACCAUGGACACAACAUUACUCUAUAAUCUCACUCUUCCUGAAAUGAAUACUUCAGCAGCAGUUACUAGAACAGUUUUGAAUGUGACAGAAAGCACUUUGUUGACAUUUUCUUUGUCUACUCAGACAUUUCCGUCUAUUCCUGAGAAUCGAACUCGCAUAACUACGACUGUGACAUUUUCGUCUAUUCAUGAGAAUCGUACUCGCUUGACUACGACUAUGGCAUUUUCCUCUGUUCCUGAGAAUCGUACUCGCUUGACUACGACUAUGGCAUCUGCGUCUAUUCCUGAGAAUCGUACUCGCUUGACUACGACUAUGGUAUCUGCGUCUAUUCCUGAGAAUCGUACUCGCUUGACUACGACUAUGGCAUUUUCGUCUAUUCCUGAGAAUCGUACUCGCUUGACUACUUCAAUGGCAUUUUCGUCUAUUCCUGAGAAUCGUACUCACUUGACUUCCACUGUACAAUCUACAAGUAGCACAUAUUUGUCAUCAACAACAUCAUUUCGUCAGUCAUUUGUACCAGAGACCACCUCCUCUCCACCCAGUUUAGUUCCAGAGACAUCAACAAUAAGCCAGAAUGUCACAGAGAAAACACCAAAUCCAACCAACAACAUUGCUGCAAUGGCAGCUGGAAUUGCCGUCGGCGCUGCUGUGCUGCUUACACUCAUCAUUUUGGCAAUCAUAUUUCUCCUUAUUCCUCUACUGAAGUCACGUCCCAUAUCAAUGGACAUAUACGGCGAUGAAGAACAACCUAAACCGAAAAAGAGGAAGAGACGCAGAAGGCCGUUUGCUCCACCGCCCGUGUUAGCGGAUCUCUACAAAGACCAGGCCAAUAUCUUCACCCACCACGGCGGAGGGGUCUUCUUUCCCAACAGAUACAACCCUCCUAAGGAAAUGACAGGGCUUUAUCAAGUAGACUCACACUUCAAAGGAAGCCCGGUUACCGUUACCAUCCCUGUUUUCAACCAAACGUGACGUUGAUUCUUUGAUCUACUGUGAGUAUUGUCAUAUCAUAAAAAGGAUAUGACCAUGCGGUGACUGUGGAUCACAGGCAACUCUUUUUUGAGACUCACAUAUGAUUAUUAUUCACAGACUAGGGGGCACGUCAUUGUCAAGUUGCAGCAUCAGGGAGAGGGAUGGUGUUUUCAGCACCAAGGACAGGAAUAAUGUUUCUGUACAAAUAACAGGGCCAGUGUUUUCAGGUUCAAGGACAGGGAAAGUAUUCUCAGCACCAAGGCCAGGGCGAGUGUUUUUGAACCAAGGACAGGAAUAAUGUUUUUAGCACAAAGGACAGGGAUUACGUUUUCAAUACGAAGAACAAGGAUAGUGUUUUCAGCACCAAGGACAUAGAUAAUGUUUCUGUACAAAUGACAAGGAAAGUGUUUUCAUCAACAAGGACAGUGACAGUGUUCCCAGCACCAAGGCCAGGUGAAGUGUCGUUAGCAUCGAGGACAGGGAAUGUGUUUUUAGCACCAAGGACAGGACAAGUGUGUUCAAACGUUAAGCGAGGACAGGGAUUGCUUUUUCAUUACGAAGGGACAGGGGGUAGUGUUUUCAAAACCAAGGCAGCGAAAAUGUUUUCAACACCAAGGACAGGUAUAUUAUUUUCAGCACCAAGGACAGGGAUAGUGUGUUAAACAUUAAUGACAGAGAUUGUUUUUCAGCACCAAGGACAGGGAAAGCGUAUUCAGCGUUUUCAGCACCUACAUCAGAUAUACAUCGUAUAGUGUUUUCAGCACCAAGGACAGAGAUAGCGUCUUCUGCACAAUGGAUAUGGAUAGUGUUUUGAACAUCAAGGACAGGAAUUGUGUUUCAGAACGAAAUGACAGGGAAAGCGUUUUCAGCACCAAGGACAGGGAUCGUGUUUUUAGCAGUAAGGACAGGGAAAACUGCUUCAGCACCAAGGACAUGGGUAGUGUUUUGAACAUCAUAGAAGUUAUUAUGUCUUUUAGCACCAAGGACAAGGACAUGGAUGGUGUUUUCACCACGAAGGACAAUUAUAGUAUCGUCAGUACCAAGGACAUGGGUAGUGUUUUGGCACCAAUGACAGAGAUUGUGUUUUCAUUGUCAAGGACGGGGAUAGUGUUUUUCAACACCAAUGUAGUACUUAAUCUUAGCCAUAAACGCUUAUAUGUUUUCCAAAAUUCCGUGUGAACGACAGUUGAUAGCUUCUGGCAAUAUGUCAAGUGUCAAAUGUGUCAAGUGCCAUGCAUGUCAAAUGUGUCAAUCACAUCAGUCGGUUUACCAGAAUUUAAAACCUCACUUAGAAAAAUGCAUACUUGUCACCCAGGGUAACGUUACAAUACAACAUGCCCAACGUAAUGUUUAGAAAUGAAUUCAGCCAUAUAAUCAUAUGUCACAUACAUAUGUUUUAUUAAAUUAAAUAUUUGUAUCGUAUUACUGUGAAUUAAACAUAUCAAGUUUACACC